AUGACUCAAUUCUCUCUGCCAUCCGUCCACGCCGACGAUGAAUGGUCUUCUCUCAAGGCCGUCAUCGUUGGCCGUGCCGGUCGAGCAUGCUUCCCAAAUGCUCCAGCGCCCAUGAUUAGGGCCACUAUGCCCGCCGCUCAUGUCCACCGGUUUCAACCUGAAUCCCCAUUUCCUGAAGACUUCAUCGCAAAGGCAGAAGCAGAGUUGGAUGCCUUCGCCGCCAUUCUCAAGGCUGAAGGUAUCAAGGUCUACCGGCCGCCGGAUGGAAUUGAUUGGUUGGCGGAGAAGGGGUACACCGGAGCCAUGCCCCGUGACGGGUUGAUGAGUGUCCAAAAUACCUUGAUAGAGGCCUGCUUCGCCUGGUCCUGCCGCUUACGGGAGAUCGAGUUGGCAUUUUCUGACAUCUUGAAUGAACUCGCAGACGAUGGCCGCGUGACGAUCGUUCGGCGUCCGGCAGACACAUUCGGUGAUUCUUUGCUUGACGAGGAUGGAACUGAAUCAAACAAGUGGGCCAUCAAUAAUAGCCGUCCGGCGUUCGAUACGGCCGACUUCAUGCGCUUCGGAAAGGUCAUCGUCGGACAAUACAGUCAUGUUACCAAUCAGGCGGGGGUCGAUUAUAUUCAGCGUCAUCUGCCAGCGGGGUACAGGAUUCAGAUGAUUGAAGUUGACGAUCCGCAUGCAAUGCAUAUUGAUGCCACGAUCCUGCCCCUACGAGAGGGCCUCCUGGUGUACCAUCCAACCAAGGUGACCGAGCACGAAUUGCGCAAAGUGGAAACCCUUGCAACUUGGGACCUCCAACCCUAUCCAUUUGUUCCACAAGAGCCCCAGGAUCCCCCGUUGUUCAUGACCAGCCCGUGGCUCGUGCUCAAUGCUCUGGUUCUUGACGGGAAAAGGAUGAUAGUAGAGGCCAGCGAUCGCAGGACGGCGGAGUGGUAUGAGUCAUUGGGGAUGCAGUGCAUUCCGUGCCCCUUCAAGCAUGUCAACAGCAUCGGGGGGUCUUUCCAUUGUGCCACGACUGACCUGGUGAGGAAUAACGGAGUCGAAUUGGAUGGGAAGUCGAACCCCGAGGGUUCCGGUUGA